GUCCCUAGAGAAAGAAGGCGUCCUGCGCAGAAAGAAACGAGCUUAAUCUUUAGCUCCGUUCCCGAAUGAAUCGGGGCAUCGGCACGAGCCAGGUGGCGCCGAAGGCGGCAUGUGGCGCAGACGGGAGCCUCUCGUCUCUCUCUACGGGGCGUUGGUAGCGGAAGGAAGGGGGCGGUCAGGAGCGCUGCGUAGAGGACACGUGCGAGACCCUACUACGCUCAGCGGCUGCGGUGCGAUUAAGAGCGAUAAUAUGACCGAGGAGGCGAAAAAGUUGGCUGCAUAUGCUGCAGUAAACAACCACGUGCAGACUAAUCAAGUCCUUGGAAUUGGAAGUGGCUCUACCAUUGUUCAUGCUGUGCAUAAGUUGGCUGAGAAAGUGAAGCAAGAGAAUCUCAGCAUAGUGUGUGUACCAACAUCUUUUCAGGCACGUCAAUUGAUCCUGCAGAAUGGCUUAAUCUUGGGUGACCUUGAUAGACACCCUGAGCUACAUAUUGCCAUUGAUGGAGCAGAUGAAGUUGACCUGGACCUCAAUCUUAUCAAAGGAGGAGGGGGCUGCCUGACUCAGGAGAAGAUAGUCGCUGGCUUUGCCAAAAGUUUUAUAGUCAUUGCUGAUUACAGGAAAAAGUCUAAAAACCUUGGAGAGCAGUGGAAGAAAGGGAUUCCCAUUGAAGUCAUCCCAAUGGCUUAUGUGCCGAUCAGCAGAGCUUUGGCCAGGCAGUUUGGGGGUGUUGCAGAGCUGAGGAUGGCUAUCAGUAAAGCUGGGCCUGUGGUGACAGACAAUGGGAACUUUAUUUUAGACUGGAAAUUUGAUAAAGUUCAUCACUGGAAUGAAGUCAAUAUGGCAAUCAAGAUGAUACCAGGAGUGGUGGAAACAGGACUCUUCAUCAACAUGGCAGAGCGGGUUUACUUUGGCAUGGAAGAUGGUUCUGUCAGUGUAUGUGAGAAGCCAGUCCUCUGACCACAUUUAGCUCCUGAAAUCCAUUCUGCCUUCAGACUGUCGCAUAGCAUUUAUCAUCAUGGUGCCAGCUUGAUACCUUGCCUUAAAAUAUGUCUAUUAAAUGGAAGGUCUACCAGGUUUUCAAUAAUACUGAAAGUGAAUGUUACCUUCAAAUCUAUUUUUUUACUUUUUCAUGUAAUCUUUUUUAAAGUGUUUAAACACACUGGUCAUUUUAAAUUGCUUUCAUUUCAUUUUUACAGAAAACAUUUACCAAAAGUAAUAUUUUAUAUGAAAUUUGAACCAUCUGGCUUCUUGGAGUAGAUCUGUUGGAAGAAGAUCGUAAUCACAGGUUGUGUGGUAUCUUUAAAUGCACAAAACCAAGACUGCACUUACGGGAAAGGGCUGAAACCAGUUGGUACUCAAAUGCCUUAUUGGACUGUUUGGUUCUAUAAUUUAUGCCUUUUAAUAAUUUUACUGUAACUUUUCAAUAACAGAGAAUGUUCUAGUUUCAACAGAUAAUUGUAGCUGGCAUUUGUGCAGUUGACCUUGAUAAUAUGAAUGUUAAGUUCUCUUUAGGACUGAAACAGAAUUUUCUAUAGCAUUGCUAUACACUUUCGUAUUUUUCCAGCAGUGUCUGAAAGUGUAGCCACAUGCAUGGGGCUGGCUGUUUGGUUGCAUCCUAGCUCAUUAAUAGCUCAUCAUAGCCCUAGCCAACACCGAUGUGGGAUUAACAAUGGCAUCACCCCUAUAAACACCAGGCACACUUUCAGGUGUUCCCUAACUGGUAUUAAAAAAGACUUGCCUGCCCCAGUGUCUUUCAGACUGCUGCAGGUAAGGCAUGAAUAAGAUAUCUGGGACUUCAGAAGUGCCCUAGCUGCCCUGUGAAAGGGCAGCCCUUUCCAAUAAGGGAGAUGUGCCUAAAUUCCAUUGAUUUGCAUAGAACUUCUAUCAAGCCACUGAGCUAAUGAAGACAAUUUAGGGCUCAAUUCCUGUUGAAAGUUGGUGGUUGCUUGCAUGAUUCACAGAAUGUUAAAUCUAAAUGCAAACAAGAAUUGAGGCAUCCUGGAUGGAUAUAGUAAUAUAGCAAGACCAAGGUGCAUUCAAAAUGUGUCAGUCUAUCUGCAUGGGACAAUAUGUCAGCAAUAUGACUAAUCACUUGAUUUAGGUAGUGAAAUAUCUGUAUGUCAGCCUUUUAUGUAAUUUUCAUGCGUGUGUACGUGUUAGAAUGCCUUAGGUGACUUCAUUAAAGUGCCUUCUGGAUCAA